AUGACCUGCGGCACCCAGAUCCGCUUUCGACCCCUCCCUAAAACGUGCUUCACAAAUCAUGUAACUGUGUACGUCUCGCUCCUUAUCUGUGGUGGGCCGGCGCGCUGCAGCCGCCUUGCGGCCGUUUCUGCGCCCACCCACACAGCAGCGGUGCUUGCCUGGCGGCCGCGCUUUUUUUUCGCACCGUUUUGCCAGAAUGCUCGGCCCCAAACGUUGCUUUUGGCUGGCGUGAUUCGCAACCCGCGGCCCUCGCAAUCGUCCCUUUCCGUAGGGCCCGCCCUGGCCGCCCUGGCGUGGGUGGCUACGUUUGGGUUCCACCCAAACAUUUCGGUCCGGUUUCCACCUGUUUCUGGUGCGACUACGUGGCACGCAGGGUACGCACCACUUUGCACAGAGAAGAAAAAAAUUUCGUUAUGCGAGCAGAUUAGAAGGGCUUCCAGUAUAAAAGAAGUGCUGCAACACCGGUGGACCCAGAUUGGAAGCGCAGAGAUAGAGGCACCACACAAACAUUUCGUUUGGUGGAUCAUCCAAACCAAACCAAACCCCCCGUUUCACGGCUACUUCAAUUGA